AUGCAAAGAAACAAAGAUGAGGCUCCGUCCGCUAUUUCGCAGGCAUCCGCUCGGUUCCACGAUGGGCACGUCGUUGCGAGUUCUUCACCUGGAUUAUUGGACGCUGACAUCAAAGCAGAACAAGCGAUUGCUCAGGCUCUUGGCAAACUUUCACUGAAAGAAAGAGAACGAGCCUAUGAAGAUGUCCAUGGCAUCAGCCAACCAAUAGAUGAAACGCCAAAGACGAUUGCAGAUUUGAUGCAGAAACUCAUGUUCGAGUUGGCUUCCAUCAAGUCGAAACCAGCCUUUGAUAUCGCCAAGCAACUUUCUGAAGACUUUGUCACCAACCAUGCCUUCCAACUAUCUUUCUUGCGAGCUGAAUGCUACGAUGCUACCAAGGCAGCCGCUCGAAUGGUUAAGUAUUUUGAAACCAAGAAAGAACUCUUUGGGGCCGAAAUGCUUACCAAGACCAUCACCUUUGAAGAUUUAGACUCUGAUACCCAAAAGGUGGUUGCUCGAGGAUCAAUAAGUUUACUUCCAUCAAGAGAUACACUUGGAAGGUAUGUAUAUGUAUCUUCGCCUGGACAUCAUUUGAGUGGGCUGACUACGCUUGCAACAUUGCCAAAGGCAGUCUGGUACAUUGUUAGUACCGUUGCCGAAGAUGAAGAGUCUCAGCUCAAGGGAUUUGUCGCGAUUACGUACGCAGUUGGAUCUCAAUUGCAAGAUAAAGGGGGGGAGAGGAAUAAGGCAAUGUGGUUCGCUUGUAUGAAUGCUGGCACUUGCAUCCCUGUGCGAGUUUCGGGUUUCCAUCAUUGUCACAGCAGUACUAAACAGUUCAGCCUCAUGCUCAAGGUUGUCACCAUAGUGGGGGACAGUUCGUUGUGCGUCAGAAUGCGAGUUCACGAAGGGUCUCACAGUGAAUGCCAAUACAAACUCAUGACUUUCGGGAUUCCUGCCAAGGAUUUUCCAGUAACACUUGAGGGACAGCUGAAGAGCGGCAAACACAAGGGAUGGUUGGACCGGAGAAAGCAAAAGGAACAAUUUCUAAAGACUAAUCGAUUACAGGAUGGAGCUGUGGAUGUGCCCACCAAGUUCGAUGUGCUACUAGGAAAAGGAAUGCCGUGUCAAGAACAUAUAGGCAACAAGCAGCUUCACGAACUUGUAGCUUUGAAGUACGAAGAAUAUGACAGUGCCAAGCGCGACCGAAAGACAGAAAUUGCCGAGGAGUUGGUACAACAAAUCAACCAAAGUUCUGGAAGAUUCUUGAAACGAGACGAUGCCUCGGGAAUGUGGGUAGAGGUACCUAGCCGAGAGGCAAGAGAUAAGGUCUGCCAUGGUUUCAGACGAAAGCGAGAAUGGGAUCUGAAAAAGGUCAAGUCGCCUAAAAAAAGUACGAAUUCAACUGUCAACAACAUGUUCAGGACAGACAACAACGACGAGAAUCGACAAAAGAGACUGAAGAUGUCUAUUGACAACUCAGAAGGUAGAUCUGAGGCGGUAUAA